AAUCAUAAACAUAACUAUUAAUGAAAUACCAUUAACCAAGGACAGUAGCCUUUGUAGCUUAUCACCACAAGGCCUGGGUGCGGUUUACACAUCGCUCCAGCCGCGCCUUUUCCUGUCACAACGGAACGGUUGUGCGUAAGGACGGCGGGUCAGCUGACAGCUAUCAGAGGACCAGGAGGAAGGAGCGGAAUUAGCGGGUGUGUGAACUGGGAACCUACUGGAUCCUGACAUAAGCUAUAUCCGAGGCCAAACCGGGAGCGAAAGAUUGGUGGCGUUCGUGAGAGAACUAGGUCUCUGGCUCUUCUCAGGCGGGGUUUGGUUUCACCAUGGCCAGUUGGGACUGAGAAGCAGCCACAAUGAUCGGAGGAUUGUUCAUCUACAACCACAAGGGGGAGGUUCUCAUCUCCAGGGUCUACCGAGAUGACAUUGGGAAUAGGCGUAACGCGGUGGAUGCGUUCCGCGUGAACGUGAUUCACGCCCGGCAGCAGGUUCGAUCCCCGGUGACCAACAUUGCCCGAACCAGCUUCUUCCAUGUCAAGCGCUCCAACAUCUGGUUGGCGGCCGUCACCAAGCAGAAUGUCAACGCCGCCAUGGUGUUUGAGUUCCUUUACAAGAUGUGUGACGUCAUGACGGCCUACUUUGGCAAGAUCAGCGAGGAGAACAUCAAGAACAACUUUGUGCUCAUCUACGAGCUGCUGGACGAGAUUCUGGACUUUGGAUACCCCCAGAACUCAGAGACCGGAGCUCUGAAGACCUUCAUCACCCAGCAGGGCAUCAAGGGACAGCACCAGACAAAAGAGGAGCAGUCUCAGAUCACCAGCCAGGUGACGGGGCAGAUCGGCUGGCGUCGUGAAGGCAUCAAGUAUCGCCGCAAUGAGCUUUUCCUCGACGUACUGGAGAGUGUCAACCUGCUCAUGUCCCCACAAGGCCAGGUCCUGAGCGCCCACGUGUCGGGCCGAGUAGUUAUGAAGAGCUACCUGAGCGGAAUGCCCGAAUGCAAAUUUGGCAUGAACGACAAGAUUGUCAUCGACAAGCAGGGCAAGGGAGCAGCAUCUGAUGACGCAGGGAAGAGUGAUUUAGGGGGAGGAAGCAGUGGGAAGCAGUCCAUAGCCAUCGACGACUGCACUUUCCACCAGUGUGUGCGCCUCAGUAAGUUUGACUCGGAGCGUAGCAUCAGCUUCAUCCCCCCCGAUGGAGAGUAUGAGCUCAUGAGGUAUCGCACCACUAAAGACAUCAUCCUGCCGUUCCGAGUUAUUCCUCUGGUCAGGGAGGUUGGCCGCACUAAACUGGAGGUUAAGGUGGUCAUCAAGUCCAACUUUAAACCCUCGCUGCUGGCCCAGAAGAUCGAGGUGCGUAUCCCGACGCCCCUCAACACCAGCGGCGUGCAGGUGAUUUGUAUGAAGGGAAAAGCCAAGUACAAGGCCAGUGAGAACGCCAUUGUCUGGAAGAUCAAACGCAUGGCUGGGAUGAAGGAGUCUCAGAUCAGUGCUGAGAUCGAGCUGCUGCCAACCAACGAUAAGAAGAAAUGGGCCAGGCCUCCCAUCUCUAUGAACUUUGAGGUUCCUUUUGCUCCCUCUGGUCUGAAGGUGCGCUACUUGAAGGUGUUUGAGUCCAAGCUCAACUACAGUGACCACGACGUCAUCAAAUGGGUGCGGUACAUCGGCCGCUCGGGCAUCUACGAAACGCGCUGCUAAAGUUGAACUCCCUUCAGGCAGCGAACUGACCACUUUCCUCCCAUAUUUCCUGUUUUUUCUUCUGCCCCCUUCCUUUGUCUCUCUCUCUCUCUCUCUCUCUCUCCAUCCCUCAGUCCUUAUAGCUUCUCUCAUACACCCCACACCCCCCUUCGCCCCUUCCUAAGUAGGUGUUGGAGAUUGAAUUUACAUCGUUAAAAAAAAAAAGUGAAUAUGAUAUAAUGCACAGAUUAUAUGCAAAAUGUGAACCAUUGUAUCAUAUAUAUCUUCGUAGUGAUGAGUAAACCUGUAAACCAACUGGUGUCCGAAAGGAAAAAGACAAGUGAUGCAGACGUGGACCAGGGGGAGAGGUCUGGAGGCGCCUUUGGUGUCUUUUGGGGGGGGUGCUCUCUUGUGUUUAUUCAGUGUUAUUAUUCUACUAUCUACUCUCCAGUUUGAAGUCCCACAAGUCCUAGAGGUAAUCCCUGGUAAGAUGAUUUGUAGCGGUUGUGGUUUAAAUGGAUCCCGAUGUAGUUCCUGUGUAUGAACUCCUGUCUCCGUAGAGCCCCUUUUAAAAUCGAGAUGCAUCGUCUGAUUCCGUAUUGUAGGCUGACUGAUAUUUGAUCUGUUUAUUUUUUUUUUUAGGGAACGAUCAUUUGAAUCGAAAGUCUCAAUUCCAAGUCUCUCAUGGCUAGUUGGUAAAGAGAAGGAAUUGAUAGUGACCAAGCUGUUUUUGUGCUAUCUGGAGUUUCUUUCCCUUGCUAUUUUUCCACCAUUAGUUUUACCAGCGUUCACUAAGUAAAGUUAAAGCAUAGCGGAACACUCUGUCAUCAUCCCGUUAAGCUAGUUUGUGACCCAAAUGUCCCGUUCCCGAAGCACCAAGAUCUUCUUUGUCACACUUAUUUGUUUUGUUUCAAAGAUGCUUUGGGGAAAUGUGGCACUGGGAGAGUGUGUUUGCAGUGAGGUGAGGUCUCCCCCUGGUGUUUGUCUCGUCACUGUCUGCUUCUUCAUGUUUGUAGCCCUGGUGACCGUUCUGUCCAGUAAAAUCUGACUAUGUAACCAA